AGCCCCACCUAUUUUUUUUUUGGGUGUGUGCGAGUUGCAUUUGUUUACGCUGUUGAAAACCAGACAACACAGAAACGAUACUCUAAUAAUCCGCUCCAACUGCGAUCCGCCGAGAAUCAGGACAAGGACACAAGGUCAGCAGGAUGCGCGAACUCAACAAGCAGCAGUCGCAGGACACCACAGACUCUGGAGUCGAGAAGGGAGACUACCCGCGGGCCACAAACGGCGUGGUCUUCGGGGCCAUCGUCACCUUCGCCAGCUUCUUUGUGCUGAUGAUGUCCUUCUGCUCGCCGUACUGGAUCGAGUCGUACGAGGAGACGCGGGCCAGCUUCAAGAACAUGGGCCUCUGGCAGUACUGCUUCAAGGACUUCGUGUACCCCAAGUACCAGUUCCCCAAGCAGUUCAACGGCUGCCACAACAUCUUCUCGCACGACUACUACGUUAUCCGUGAGUACCUGCUGCCAGGCUGGCUGAUGGCUGUGCAGGGCUUCGUCACCAUGUCCUUCAUCAUCGUGUUCCUCGUGCUCGUCCUGCUCUCGCUGACCAUUAUCCGGCUGCCACUGAAGCCCGUGCUGCAGUACGAGUGGCUGCUCGUGCGUCUCUCUUACCUGGGCACCGCUGUCUCCUCUCUGUUCAUGUUUCUGGCCGUGUGCAUCUUCGGGAGCUGCGCUUACCGCCGCGACUGGAUGAUGUACCCCAAGUUCAACGUGCUGGGCUGGUCUUACGCCCUGGCCGUGGUCACCUUCAUGCUCCUCGGCCUGGCCGCCCUCAUCCUGCAGCGCGAGGCCCGCCAGGCCUACGAAGCCCGUGGCGAGCAGAAGAACCUGGUCAUGCAGAUGGAGAUGCAGGAGCCGGGCUACCAGCCGCCGCGCCACCACCACAGUCAGUCGCGCAGCCUGCAGGGCUACAUAUAAGGGCUCCAGGUUAAUAGCCACCACCAUUCAAUGCAUUCCACUCCACUCGGAUGGAUCUAGCCUAAGUUUCCCCAAGCAAUCUCGUAUCUUCGCCGUCGACGCCGUCCAAAGUGCCUUCAAGUUUAACCAUCGAAUAUAUACAUAUUUAUACACGCCGAACUCCAUUUAUACUGUAAUUGUAUCGAAGAGCACACACUUAAAAUUAAGACCAGUACGAUUUUGAGCCCAGGAUGCCCUCCAUUUUAUAUUUCUACUUUAAAUUACCAUUUUUAUGCAGGCUCAAACUACAAGCUACUCAAACAUAGCAAAAAGUAUUGUAUUUCACGUUUGAAGAUGCCCCUUUAUCAGCAAAUUGGUGUGAAGACAUAUCAACAUUAAAAACUGACGUAUUAUUUGAA